AUGGCAAUCCUGCAGCUCUUCAGACUCAUCAACUCGUCUCUGCUCCUCAGCCAGCGGCCUCUGAACGCCUCGGCCGAGCAGACGGUGUACAGCAGCUGUGCAGACAUGCCCGCUGUGCUCAUCUUCUACCUGGUGCUGCAGCUCAUCAACAUGUUCCUGGGCAUCCCGGCCAAUAUCAUGGUCCUGUGGCUUAUUCGUAAUAACAAGGGCGACUCGUCCACCUCAGACAUCUUCAUCGUCCACCUGGCCGUGCUGGACGCUUUCUUCUGCCUCAUUCCUCCGCUGGAGCUGGCCAACAUCGUCUACCUGAGCACCAGCAGCACCUGGUACGUCCUGCGCUUCUUCUACGGCGUCAAAGACUCGUCGCCACUCUUUCUGUCCUGCAUCUGUCUGGACAGAUAUAUGGCCGUGCGGCAUCCCAUCACCUUCACUGAGCUCAAGGACAAGCAGCAUCGCUCCGUCUGCGCCGCCGGCGUCUGGCUCCUCACUUUGGUCUACGCCGCAGCCAAGUGUGUGGGAAACAUCCCCAACUUCGACAAGGUGUUCACCGUCAUGAUCCUGGCGGCGUUCGCGUUCAUGCUCUUCUGUAACGUCUCCAUUCUCUGGGCUCUGAGACAGUCGGCUCCAGGUCGAGACGAGAGACACCCGGUCAAGAAGAAGGCCUUCAAGAUGGUCCUCAUCAUCUUGGCCAUCAUUGUGUUUAACUACUUCCCGCCAGUGGCUCUCUUUCCCUUUCGAGAGUAUUUCUCUCCGGAUGUCUUCCGCUGUUGUAUCCACUACAUCGCCUUUGGCUUCAUGGACAUCAGUAGCAGCAUCCAGCCGGUUCUGUAUCUGUCACGGGAGAAGCUGCCCAAAACCCUGCACUGCUGCUUGAAAAACACUGAACGAAGCGCUGAUCCCGUUUACACCGUCAGUCGUGAUGCUGAGGAAGGUAAAGACGAAUGCAGAGGUGUUACUGGUGGUGCAGCUUCAGGUGUUUCUUCAGAGACGACUGGUCGCUGUACCUGUGGUCGCAGAGCGGUACAGGUGUCCGGCGCGGCUGAAGCUCUUCCUGCACUGACCGCAGACGUGAGACCUGACCUCGCGCUCGAAGCUCCAGGAGUAGCUUGGUCUGGAGUCUGGAGACAGCAUCGUGUGAAACGAGCUGGAAAACCCCUCGUCGGACAGACCGCCUGGACUGGACUCUUCAUCGGAGAAGGUAUCGUGUUUGUCUGUCACUACCCUUACUUUAACGUCACACUCGUUAGAGCUGACGUCCGGCUCUAA